AUGACAUCUCCGGGUGCUCGAAUGCCAUCAAAUCCAAUCGGUCAUCCGGGUCCUGGUGGAUCAUUACCAAAUGCAUAUCGACCUCAAGUUAUGUCACCAUCAAUCAAUCAACCUGGACCAAGAAUGCAUAUUACAAAUUCACCAGGAGUUGGUUAUUCUUCAUCUUCACCUGUUCCUUAUGGAACUCCUUGCCCCGGGUCACGGCACCAAAUUGUUAGCUCGUUUCGACGAGCUUAUCUUAUUUUAUUUCAAAAGAAAAAAGUGUGUGUAUAA